AUGCCACCAAAGAAGGACGUCAACAAGAAACCAUCCAAAAAUGUGAGUUUACUUUUCAGAUCAGCAAUUAAAAUGAUAUAAUAAUGAUUUGUUUCCAGUCCCGCCGCUCUCCUUCGCCGGAUUCUCGAUCAACAACCAGAUCUCCGUCACCUUAUGAGGCGCCAAGGACAAGAUCUCAAACCUGCGCAAUGCAGGCCGCCGCUGCUCGAGCCCGUGCUGAUUCCGGUUUGCCCCCUCUGCCAACACCUUCCAAACAGCCCGGAAAGUUCUACCUCGAUCCUUCGGUGAGUUUUUUUUGGGAUUUAGUUUGCAAGUAGUUAGGAUUGGGUUUUUUGAGCUAAGUUUCUUAUGCGGAUUAAUAUUUUUGGUCAUAAAAAACACGAAAAAUCAAGGUUUUUCGUGUUUUUUAUUACCAAAAAUAUUAAAUGGUCCGGCAACGGAGAUUAUGAGAACUUUUAAAAUGUUCAAAUUUUGAUGAAUGAAUCUCAAAAUGCAUUUACUUCACAAAAAAUUGAAGUUGAACGUAAACUUCAAAAAAAUAAAAAACUGAAAAAUAAAAAGAUAAAUGUGGCCGAACUAUUUUGGUGGCCGAGAAAUGUCGGGAAUUCGGUCAAAGCAAUAAACGCGCUCUAAAGUUGCAAAAAUCCUUAAUGUUGGAGCGCGUUUAUUUCGUUGGCCGAAUUCCCGACAUUUCUCGGCCACCAAAAUAGUUCGGCCACAUAUAUCAUUUCAGUUUAUUCUAUUUUUCUGAAAUGUAUGUUCAACUUCAAUUUUUUAUGAAGUAAGUGCAGUUUGAGAUUCAUCCAUCAAAAUUUGAAAAUUUUCAAAAGUACUCAUAAUCUCCGUUGCCGGACCAUUUGAUCUGCAAAGCCUUCUAAAUUUAAGGCUUUCUUGGGCUUUUUCCAUGAUUAUGUGGGUCCCACAGGGUUUCCCAGGGCUUCAAAAAGCUUUCUCAGGGCCUCUAGAUCGUUCUCGGGCUUUUCCAGGACUUCCAGGCUUUUUCAGAUGGAUUUAGGCUUCCGCAGAUCCUAUCUGAACAGGCCUUAAUAUUUCUUGGCCUUCUGAGGCUUUUCCCAUGUUUCUGCAGAUCCCUCAGGGUUUUUCACAGUCUUUCUCAGGUCCCAGACUUAUCCGGGCUUCAGAAACUUCCCCAGGCUCCCACAAAUUUUGCAUGUUUUUUUGUAAUGAAUCGUAUCUUUUUCAGCCACCCAAGGGUGUGCGAAGGAUAGUCAAGAAGGUUCGAGAAGCGCUGUCCUGUUCCAAAUCGAAAUCGAAAUCCAAGAAUACUCGCACCGCCACCAGAGGAAGAGGAAGACCAGCGAAAAAGACGGGAAACAAGAAGAAGCCUGUUGUCAAGCAACCACAAGUUCGCCGAGCUUCGCCAACACCCUCACCAGCGAGAAGUCCAUCACCAGAUUCGCGCGAAACUUCGGAUGACGAAGCUUAUGAACAUGAACCGCGAACUCGAACUCCACCAGCUGCUGCUAGAAGAUCGAAUUCCAAUGUUCGAAGCAAUGACAGUAGAAGGGGAAGAAGUCGUUCGCCAAUUGUCACUCAAUCUCCAGUUUCUCGCCGUCGAUCAGCGCACUCCACGCGGAACCCGAACUCGAAUUCUUAUCGACCACUUGAAGUUAGUUUUUUUUCUCCGGGUUUUUCUUAUCUUAGGCUUGUUGGGCAAAGAUUUCUGAAGAAUGACAGGAAUUCAGAGGGUUUUCUAGAACUUCAUAGGGAUUUUCAGUUUGCAGAUGAUAAAUGAAUUAUUUUUUCAGCACGGCCCGCAAUUUCGAGACAGAUGGGAAGCGGAUGUAUCUGGAGCAUUCUCGGAUCGGUUCCGGAGACAAGGACGUGUGCCUGUGGACGUAACACAGCCGUCCAGUUCUUCUCGACGCUCUCAUCAUUCCCGCCGAUCCCGCCACGAAGAACAACGCACUCAGGAAGAAGAUGAAGAUUCUGGAUCGGAUGCCAAUCAACCGUCGACUAGUCGUGGACAAGGUUCUUCUCGCCGCAGACGUUAG